AUGUCUAGCCAUAAGAAGACACUGCGUUUGCUUUUUAUGACAAUCAUGCUGACAUGUAUGGUUUUCACGAGUAAAUCUCAGCCUCAAAGAACAACCAUUGCCAGGCCACCAUCCCCAACUCCAACCACGAUAGAGACCCCUACGCCACUCCCACCAUUUCCACCAACUAAGGUCUUCAAUCUGGCAUUAUUUUUCCUAAGCCUUUUCAGUGGUUCAUCACCAUCCCCAAGGAUAAUGAUCCCCCCUCCACUACCACCAACUCCAACAGCAUUGCUCCCUCCACCAUCACCACCGGCUUUUGAAACCCCAAAACCAACAGCUCCAAUUGCAGAGCCCCCUACAAAUGGUGAAGUUCUACCACCAUCAAUUGAGGUGGUGGUCCGUGCACCGGCACCAGAAACAGCUUCUUUUAACGCACAACCAGCGUUUCGAUCCCCCGACCCUUCACCACCUGCAAACCCUCCUAAUAUUGACGUUGAUGUACGUGUCCCACCUUUGCCUAAAGUGGCUCCUCCGAUCUUUUUAUCCCCAGCACCAGUGCUACCACCACCUAUAGAAACUGUUUUUCCACCUACUGAUGGUGAUUAUGAAAUGUCCCCACCACCAUCACCACCAGUUACCGAUGAUUUUGGCGAUUAUCCAGAAGAAGAUGCAGUCCCACCACCAACAGUAUAG